GGGGUUUGGACGUGGGCGGGGUCUCGGGCUGGAACUAACAGGUGGGACCCUCCCCGCUCCGCUGCUGUUCCAAGCUCGGGUUGCCUCGCAGCCGGCUCUGCUGGGCGGUGCCCCGGCCGCCCAGGCGCCCCAGCCUCCCUGGCGCCCCGCUACUGGGCAGGAAGAGAAGAUGAAUAAACCCAUAACAUCUUCAACAUAUGUGCGCUCCCUCAAUGUUGGACUAAUCAGGAAGCUGUCAGAUUUUAUUGAUCCUCAAGAAGGAUGGAAGAAGUUAGCGGUAGCUAUUAAAAAACCAUCUGGUGAUGAUAGAUACAAUCAGUUUCACAUAAGGAGAUUUGAAGCAUUACUUCAAACUGGAAAAAGCCCCACUUGUGAAUUACUGUUUGACUGGGGUACCACAAAUUGCACAGUUGGUGAUCUUGUGGAUCUUUUGGUCCAAAAUGAGUUUUUUGCCCCAGCAAGUCUUUUGCUACCAGAUGCUGUUCCCCAAACUGUUAAUACACUACCUGCUAAAGAAGCUGUAACAGUUCCUCAGAAAGAAUUGCCUCUCUGUGGCAAAGACAGGACAUUUGUGUUACCUGUGCAGGAUCUUGAACAAAACUAUGUGCCCCCUGACUCCUCAAGUCCAGAAAAUACAAGUUUAGCAGAGAGUGAUACACGUUUUCACAGCUUUUCAUUUUAUGAAUUGAAGAAUGUCACAAAUAACUUUGAUGAAAGGCCCAUUUCUGUCGGUGGCAACAAGAUGGGAGAGGGCGGGUUUGGAGUUGUGUAUAAAGGCUGCGUGAACAACAAAACUGUAGCAGUGAAGAAGCUUGCAGCAAUGGUUGACAUUAGUACUGAAGAACUGAAACAGCAGUUUGAUCAAGAAAUAGAAGUUAUGGCAAAGUGUCAACAUGAAAACUUAGUAGAACUACUUGGUUUCUCAAGUGACGGAGAUGACCUCUGCUUAGUGUAUGUUUACAUGCCCAAUGGCUCAUUGCUGGACAGGCUGUCCUGCUUGGAUGAUACUCCACCACUUUCUUGGCAUAUGAGAUGCAAGAUUGCUCAGGGUGCAGCUACUGGCAUCAGUUUUUUACAUGAAAACCAUCAUAUUCAUAGAGACAUUAAAAGUGCAAAUAUCUUACUAGAUGAAGACUUUACAGCCAAAAUAUCAGACUUUGGGCUUGCACGGGCUUCUGAGAAGUUUGCCCAAACAGUCAUGACUAGCAGAAUUGUGGGAACAACAGCUUAUAUGGCACCUGAGGCUUUACGAGGAGAAAUAACACCCAAAUCUGACAUAUACAGCUUUGGUGUGGUUUUAUUAGAAAUAAUAACUGGACUUCCAGCUGUAGAUGAAUACCGUGAACCUCAGUUAUUGCUAGAUAUUAAAGAAGAAAUCGAAGAUGAAGAAAAGACAAUUGAAGAUUAUAUUGAUACGAAGAUGAAUGACAUUGAUCCCAUUUCCAUUGAAACCAUGUAUUCUGUUGCCAGUCAAUGCUUGCAUGAAAAGAAAAAUAAGAGACCAGAUAUUAAGAAGGUUCAACAGCUGCUGCAAGAAAUGACAGUUUCUUGAAACUUCACUGGAAGACUCUUGGUUUUUUUAUAUACCGCUAUGUAAAACAGUUUUUAAACUAAAUUUUUGUUAUAAACAUUCUUUUUUACCUUUAACAAGGCAGCAUGGAGCAUGGAACCCCCAACAUAUACAUAGAACAACAAAAGUAGAGUCACUAUAUCAACCCUAAUCCCUGGCUUUUUAGUGUCACCCUCAGUUCUUGAGUAAUCCCCAAGACCUCGCCUUAGAACCUCACCAAACAUGGUUUGAAAACUAUAGAAUUAGCAACAAAGGGGACUGGACUAUAGGGUGAAAAGACCCGAAGCUGAAGCCCCAACUCCACUACUAAUUUGCCGUAGAGCUUUGGACAAUCCUUUAACAGCUUUGAGCCUUUGUUUUUUCACUGGUAACAUUAGGCUAAUUAUCUACUGUGCUUCUUUGACAGGUAGUCCUGGAAAUCCAAUGAUGCAGACUAUGUACAAGCACUUUGUAACAUGUAAAGUGAUGUAAAAUUUAAAGUUUAUGUUUAUACAAUCCAAUUACAGUCGUUUGUUUAUAGGAUCGUGUUCACAGUGUGUUUUUUGAGAGAGAGACAGAGCUUGCAUGAGUGGGAGAGGGGCAGAGAGAAAGAUAGAGAAUCCCAAGCAGACUUCGCACAGUCAGCACAGAGCCUGACAUGGGGCUUGCUUGAUCUCUCAAACCGGUGACAUCAUGAUCUGAGCUGAAAUCAAGAGUAGGACGCUUAACCAACUGAACCACCCAGGUGCCCCACAAUGUACUAUUUUAAGCAUUCACCACUAACCAAAUAUUACCUGAUGAUAUGGUCAUUAUUAGAUUAUGUUAUAUGGCAACAUAUUCCAUAAUGAAGGAAUUUUGCAGAUGUUGGUAAGGCCCCUAAUCUGAUGACUUUGAGUAUCAACAGAGAGACUGUGCUGGGUAGGCCUGACCUAAUAAGAUGGUUUCUUACAAGAAGUCUGAGACAUUGUCCUGUGGGCCUUGAAGAAGGAAGCUACCGUGUUGUAAGAAGGCCACAUUGGCUAAGAUCUACGGGUGGCCUUCUAGGCUAAGGGCUACCUUCCAGCUGUUAGCCAGCAUAAAAAACUGGGACCUGGGUUGUAUAACCACAAGAAACUGAAUUCUUCUAGAAAGAGCAACUGUUUUUUGAACCAUAUUUCUGACCCACUGGUUUGCUAGCUAGCCAACUAAAAAUUUUUAAUUUUUAAUUUCUCUCGUUAUGUUCUAUGAAAACCACGCAGGUAAUAGGAACAAUUGAUAAAUGUUUUGCCUUACUUUUGUGACAUACAAUUAAGAGAAAUUUAAGACAUUCUAAAGCAUUUAUUGCUCUAUCCACUUUCUGGUCCUAUAUAAAAUGCUCAUAGAUCUUAGCUAUCUGUAGUCCUUUUUUUUUCACUUUCAAAACACAAGCGUACCUCAGAGGUAUGAAAGUUCGGUUCCAGACCAUCACAAUAAAGUAGGUAUCACGAUAAAGUGAGUCAAAUAAAUUUUUUGGUUUGCCAAUGCAUAUAAAAGUUAUGUUCAUUCUAUCCUGUAGUUUAUUAACUGUGCAAUAGCAUUAUGUCUAAAAAAUAAUGUACUUACCUUAAUUUAAAAAUACUUUAUUGCUAGAAAAGGCUAACUAUCAUCUGAGCUCACAGGGAGUUAUAAUCGUUUUGCUGGUGAAAGGUCUCACCUCCAUGUUGAUGGCUGCUGACUGAUCAGGUGGUGGUUGCUGAAGGUUGGGGUGGCUGUGGCAAUUUCUAAAAAGAAGACAACAAUGAAGUUUCCCCAUUGAUUGACUUUUCCUUUCACAAACAAUUUCCCUGUAGCAUGCAAUACUGCUUAAUAGCAUUUUACCUACAGUAGAAUGUCUUCCAAAAUUGAAGUCAAUCCUCUCAAACCCUUCCACUGCUUUAUCAGCUAAGUUGAUGUAAUAUUCUAAAUCCUUUGUCGUCAUUUCAACAGUCUUCACAGCACCUUCAUCAGGAGUAGAUUCCAUUUCAAGAAACCACUUUCUCUGCUCAUCCAUAAGAAGCAACUCAUUUGUUUAAGUUUUAUCAUGAGAUUGUACCAUUUCAGUCACAACUUAAGACUCCACUUCUACUCUUGCUCUUUCCAUCACAACUGCACUUCCUCCACCAAAGUUUUAAACCUCUCCAAGUCACCCAUGAGGGUUGGAAUCAACUUCUUCCAAAUGCCUGUUAAUAUUAUUUUGACAUCUUCUCAUGAAUCAUAAAUGUUUUUAAAUGCAUCUAGAAUGGUAACCCUCUCCAGAAAGUUUUCAGUUUACUUUUCCCAGAUCCAUCAGAAGAAUCUAUGGCAGAAGAACCUUAUGAAAUGUAUUUCUUAAAUAAUAAGACUUGAAAGUCAAAAUUACUCCUUGAUCCAUGGGCUGCGGGCAUGACUACAACGUUAAGCUCCUUCUACAUCACCAUCAGAGCUCUUGCAUGAAUUGUGAAUGACCAAUGAAAUGUCAAUAUUUUGAAAGGAACCUUUUUUUUCUGAGCAGUAUGUCUUAACAGUGGGCUUAAAAUAUUUAGUAAACACGUUGUAAACAGAUGUGCAGUCAUCCAGGCUUCAUUGGUCCAUUUAUAGAGCAUAAGCAGAGUAGAUUUAGUAUAAUUCUUAAGGGCCCUAGGAUUUUUGGAAUAGUAAAUGAGUACUGGCUUCAACUUCAAGUCACCAGCUACAUUAGCUUCCAACAAGUGUCAGCCUGUCGUUUGAAGCUGUGAAGCCAGGCAUUGACUUCUCCUCUCUAGCUAUGAAAGUCCUGCAUGACAUCUUCCAAAAGAAGGCUGUUUCCUCUACACUGAAAAUGUAUUGUUUAGUGUGGCCACCUUCAGUAAUUAUCUUGACAAGAUCUUCUGGAGAACUUGCUGCAGCUUCUACAUCAGCACCUGCUGCCUCACCUUGCACUUGUAUGUCAUGGAGAUGGGUUUGUUUUUUUUUUCACUUGAACCUCAGAAACCAGCAUCAGUUAGCUUUAAACUUUUCUUCUGAAGCUUCCUCACCUCUCCCAAGCUUCAUGGAAUUGAAGAGAGUUUUUAGGACCUUGUUCUGGAUUAGGCUUUGGCUUAAGGGAAUGUUGUGACUGGUCUGAUCUUCUUUCCAGACCACUCAAACUUUCUUCAUCUCAACAAUAAGGCUGUUUCACUCUCUUAUCAUUCAUG